AAACUUCGACAAAUAAAUUGAAUCUCACCAUCUAUUUUGCAUAGCGUUUAUCAGAGAUAACGUUAUCAUAUAUAACAUCAUUUUGUAAUUACCAACAGUUUCAAUAAUUUUUACUCACACUGCAAUAAUGUUCCCGAGAGAUGAGAUAAUAUUGCAGCAUUGUAGCUCAGCAAGUUCUAGUGAUUAGAAUCUAAAAAUUAUCAACAGACAGUCGGGUGGCGCGUUAAGUUUACUUCGGUUCUAUCUCUUGAUAGUUUGUUAUCAUUUGGUAUUCAGCUGCGAUAUCUGUUGCUGACUGUCGUUCCAUCUGGAGUAUUAAACAUCCGACGCAAACCAGUGCAAUAGCUCAGUAUACCAUCAAACAUCGCCAGACUCAGUUCCUUGAGAGGUGUCAACUAAUAGAUAAUUGACUCCAUCUAAUUUUCGAGAUGUCCAAUAUCACUAAUCGUGUUCUCUCAAUUCAAAGCCAUGUAGUGCAUGGUUACGUUGGGAAUAAGAGUGCCGUCUUCCCGCUACAGGUGCUGGGAUUCGAAGUUGAUAACAUCAAUUCUGUACAAUUCUCCAACCAUACCGGUUACAAGAAUGGUUUCAAAGGACAGGUUCUGAACGAAAAAGAACUUGCCGAUGUAUUUUCCGGAUUGGUGGCCAACAACUUGCAUUGUCUUUACACCCAUCUUCUCACUGGCUAUGUUGGAAAUCCUACAUUUUUGCGUGAAAUCGCAAAUAUCCUCAAAACGCUCCGUUCGGUAAAUGCAUCGCUCGUUUAUGUCUGCGAUCCGGUAAUGGGCGAUGAUGGCAUCAUGUACGUCCCGAAAGAAUUGCUGCCUAUUUACAGAGAUGAAAUCAUACCUCUGGCUGAUAUUAUUACGCCGAAUCAAUACGAGGUUGAGCUGUUAACAGAGAAAUGUAUUAAGACGGAGCGAGAUGCAUGGAAUGCUAUCGAAUGGUUCCACGAUAGGGGCGUCAAAACUGUGGCCAUUUCCUCAUCUGAACUCGGAGAAUCCGAUUCUUUACUCGCACUUGUCAGUCAUAAAGAUGGAUCGAAAUCACAGCGAUGUAAAAUGACCAUUCCAAAGCAAGGCAAUGGUAUUCGUUUCACCGGGACCGGUGAUUUGUUCGCUUCGUUAUUUCUGGCGCAUACGUCCUUGACUGGCUUCGAUAUUUGUGCCACACUGGAGCGCACCAUUGCCAGUUUGCAAGCGGUGAUCACCAAAACAUUGACAUACAUUCCCGAUGAUGUAAAGGCCGGCAAAACGUCCGUCACUUCCGCGCAACGUGAGUUGAAGAUUGUCCAAAGCAAAAGGGAGAUCGAAAACCCCGAAGUCGUACUACGUUGUUCCAAGAUUUGAAAUGUUGCAUAUAUUUACCAAAUAGAACAAAGCAUUUCAAAAUUAAGACAAAUCAGGACAAUAAUAUUUUUUGGUUAUCCUAUUUAGGCCAAAUUGUUGAAUAUUGAUAAUAUAAUAAAUUGCUUGUUUUAUCCGAA